GAGCGCCCGCGUUCUCGUACACGCGCAUCAUAGCUUUGCUGGUUCGCGGGUCCCGUAACAUCGUGAUCGAGCAGCUGCCCAUCAGGAAGCAGAGGUACAGGAUCAAGGGGUCGCAGAAGACGAUGAGCGGGGGGACAAUCAAGUUCGACGGCAAGAGGUUGGUGCCACCUGGCCCGCCAGCUCUGUCCAUCCCAGAGGGGAAGAAGUUCUUGACUAAGCACUUCAAGUCUGGCAUUCUUUCCAGCGACUCCGCUGCUACGUACGAUUCCCUUGUCAACAAGAGGAAGAUCUUCGGCAAUCGAGCGAAGCAGAUCGCCGUCGUUCAUGGGAAGGAAGAGUGGACGAAGAUGUUCAAUAUCGACGGGAAGAAGGUAUGGGGAGGGACGCAAUACAUGGACGGCUUCUUCGGCAACUACAAGCAAUGGGCGAACCUCGACACGUUCGUCGAUCUGAUGUGA